ACAACAUGUUUUGAACUCACAUGACGUUGUGCUCACUCAAGCAAAAAGCAAAACAUAAAUGCAUGAUAACAGAAAUCUUUAACGUAUUUUAUUAAUAUCAGCAUAAAUUUUUCACUUUAAAUUUAUGAAACAGUUUAGUUCACUUAAAAAGUCAGGAUGUGCACGAGUUUCACAAAAGCUCAGCACGAGCAAGUUUUAAAAGAGUGGUUGUCGGAAUUCAAAAGUUUGCCCGAUACAGCGAUUAUUACGUACGCUAAAAAGGUCCACGAAAAAGAUGCGGUUCUUGUUUCAUUUAAAUUCGCUGUCUCAGCUUUUCAAAAUGAUACACUAGUCGAACUUAUCCAACCAGCAACACACCAACUUUUUGAAUUCUACCGAAGCGGGGUCUCGGAGUUAAAAACUCAUGCAGUGAGCUUCUUCCCAGCCCUGGUUGGUGGAUACCUACUGGCCUGUUGUUCACGCCAUGAGAACGCUGCCAAAUGCAAGCAGUCAAUUGGGACAUGUCUCCUUGCUAUUUAUAACCUUAUUUGUGAAGAAGUGGAAAAAGAGAACGUCGAACAACAUUAUGAAAUGGAAAUGCCAAAUCUAUCAAACCCAAGUCUAUACCAUGAUCCUAUGGCAUAUCCAUUUUCUGAAUACACCGUUAACUCCGGCAAUCAUGGAAGAACUUUUAUCAAACUUCCACUUAUGACAUCACACACAAACAUUUAUCCAGAAAACAGGAGCGAGGUUAUUAAUGUGAUGAUGUCAUGUUAUGCUGAUUAUGUGGCAAUAUUACCAAUCACUUCACUGCUGCAAGUCUGUGAAAUAUGCAUGCAAAUUUCAAGCCAAGGGUUCCCAUGGCAUAACAACUUUUUAAAUGAAGAAAGGAACAGUGACACACGUCGUGUACAGAUACAAUCAAACGCCCUGCUUACCAUUCUACGUUCUGUAUACUUUGCUUUAUACAAUGGAUGUAGAAUGAGUGCAGUAAAUGCUGUUGAAGCCGCUUCAAAAUGGGGGACUUAUGAGAUGUGUCCAAAGAUCCGACUUUUCUGCAAUGCUGUCAUUAACUCAACCAACCAGGAGAAUGAGCAGCAUCUAAGUAACUCCCCUCUUGGCUUGCCUACACAGCUAACCCCUAUCCUUGGCCGUUCGUCUAGUUCUGUCUCCAGACAUGCAGUGACUGCCAUGUCAAUCAAAGAUCACAAAUGGCGACACACAAGUGAAGAAGUUUCUGGAGAUUUCACAAACAGCUUACAUCGCGAUGAUCCAGUUCCAAGCAAGGAAUCCACUGAGAAGUCCACAUUAGACAGUGAUGGUAACAGUAAAAUAGACAAGCAUUCCGUAUCUCCAUCGAAGCUGUUAAAGUCAAAGUUAAAAAAGAACAUUCCUAACCCAAGUGGUGACAAAUCUUUAAAGACCCCAGCCACCAGUACCAACACAGAGAAGAAGGCAAAGAAAUGGCCGCAUACAAGUUACGAUGAUGAUGAGAGAGUUCGAACCAGGAGUCCUUCAGGAACCUCAAUUGAGUUGCGAGAUACACCGAAUCGAUCGAAGUCGAAUCGCUUCAGUUCGGCAAGCGUUCCCUCGCUCAAACAACUGAGUAUUGAAGAUCCGCAUGGUGGCGACAAAGAGGAGGGAAAGGUUACGAAGAGCGAAAGUAUAUCGGACACAUCACUCAAAGUAAUCGUGGCUGACUCGAAAACCACCACCCCAACCACUGACACUGACAGCCCCAAGGUAUCAACCAAGAGAUCCAAAGUCAAGAUUCUUCGCAAAGCAAGCAAAGACUCUGAUUCCAAGGAUUUUUUCUCACAUCUUAAACGAUCCGGAUCAAAAAAAGGGAUGGAAGCAAAACUCAUUAACCCCGAGAUUGUGGUCACCAAGGCAACGGAGUCUCAUCCUCUCCUUGCGCCUCCGGAUGCAAGAUCCAGAGAAGAGGACAUGGAUUCUAUCACCACAGAAAUGUAACAUCAAAUGAAAUAUUUUGUUCCCAAUUCUACAUCUUCACUGUGAUGGCAUUGUUAUGUAGUUCAAAUUAUUAUAAACUGACCUAAAAUCAUUUUUGUGUUCUAUGUAGCUGUUAUUAUGUUGUGCUAUAUUCCUGAAUAGUAAAUUGUACCGUAGUCAUGCUUGUUGUUGGAACUAUCACUCUUUGUGCAUGCAAUCCUAGUAAAAUGUGCAAUGAA